AUGUUGAAGGAAGCGAGGUCUGUCAGGGGGGGCGAGGUGCAGUGCACGCAAGGGUUCCUGACAAAGGAGGGUGUGGGUGGAGGCGGGCCUGCAAGCCCCGAGAGAGCGCACUCGCUGAUUGAUGCUGCCUGCCCAGCCCGGAUCUUGGCUUAUCCAGGUCCGCCCAGACUCGAGGAAGCACCCUGGUCAGGUCCUUUUGUGACAGAUUUGGGGAUACGAUACCAAAACCGGAAAUGGAUGGUUGAUGGAUGGAUUGAAGGAUGCCUACGGCAAAGCUUUGCGACGUACCAAAUCGGAGACGGAUCCAAUGCAGAGACGGGACAAGGAAGAAAAUGAAAUUCAAGGUGGGGCGGCUGUGCAGGGUGGCGUCGCUCGCCAAGAGAACGUUGUCUGUGCACUAGCUGCCGCCGGGAAGCGAGGGUGUGAGAUUUGUUAG